AUGUUGCCCGUGCCGACCGGCUUUGCGGUGCACAGCCGCAACACUGUCUCAAACAACAGUGAAGGCGACGGGCACGGUAAUCGCGUCGAUGAGCGAAGUACCGCCUUGGGGCCUGUGGCUGGCGUCGGCGGAGGCUUAACAACGGAAGCAGAUGUGGUAAGCGCAGUGAUAACGACGUCCCUCUUGCCGCCUGGCAGCGCGAAUGGAGUGGGGGCGGCCUCGCAUUUCACGCCCAUCGUGGGCGCGCGAGACCGGGUGUGCUUCCAGCACUUCCUCAUCGCGGCGGCGGCGGCGGCGCUCACGGCGGUCCUCGUCGUCACGUACGUGUGGCAGUCCACCUCCGCGUUCAACAUCGACCCGGUCACCGGCAAGGUACGCCCGCACUCGUUCCAGUACUUCGUCUACUGUUUUCUGGGCGGCAUCGCGGCGGGGCUGAUGCACCUCCUCGUUGCCCCGAUCGACAUCCUAAAGUGCCGCGUGCAGGUGGGUGAGUACCGAAGCUUUAGGGACGGCUUCGUGCACCUAUUCCGCGUUGAGGCCGGCGGCUCCGUCUACCGCGCGCUGCCGCUGUUCUUCCGCGGGUGGCUGCCAAUGCUGUGGGGAUACUGCAUUCAAGGCUCGAUCAAGUUCUCUCUCUACGAAAUAUUCAAGUACGUGCUGCUGAUCGUCAUUCUGGAGCCGUCAGUGAAGGUGAAGGCGGCAGCUGCGGCCGCGGGAGGCGUGACCAACUCGCUCGCGUCGUCGCCACCGGCGCGUGUGUCCGGCGUCUACCAGUUCUUCGUCUUUCUCUUCUCCAGCUGCCUGGCCGAAAUGGUUGCCGAUCUCGGUCUGGCGCCGUGGGAGGCGGUAAAGAUUCGCAUGCAGACCUCGCCGUCGUUUCCGGCGCACCUCCGCAGCGCCCUGCCGCGCAUGUGGGAGACGGAGGGGCUGCACGGUUUUUACAAGGGGCUCGUGCCGCUCUGGAGCAGGCAGGUGCCGUACACAAUGAUGAAGUUCUCCUCGUUCGAAUUCGUCGUCGUUGGGCUGCAGUCCCUCUUCCAUAGCCUUGGGAUCACGGACGCCGAGGAGCCUGGUGUCUUGGGUAAGCUGGUGAUAAGCUUGCUCGCCGGAGUGGUAGCGGGGCUGCUGUGCGGCGUUGUGUCGCACCCGGCGGACACGGUGCUGUCGAAGAUGAAUCAGAGGUCAUCUGCGCCCACAUCGAGUGCUGUGCCGGCGUUGGCCAAUACGCUUGCAGACACCCAAUGCGGCAGCGUGGGGCACGGCAGAGCCGGCGCCGCACACAGUGGCGCGAUGCACGGUGUUCUUGAGGUGAUGCGUGAGCUAGGGUGGCGCGGCAUCUGGAAAGGCUUGGCUCCUCGCCUGUUGAUGGUGGUUUCGCUGACGGCACUGCAGUGGGUGACGUAUGACGGCUUCAAGGUGUGGGCUGGACUGCCUACCUCCGGCGAUGUAGAAAAGUGA